GAGGAAAAGAGAGGGCAGUUAGGAGGGAAGAGUUGUUUGACAAUUAGUUAGUUAGUGGGAAGGAGAAGAGAGACUUUAUAAAUAGGGUAGGUGUUUUGUACAGGAGGGGGGAUGAUUUUUGUAUUCAUUUGAGUAUAGACAGGAACAAUUGUCUUGUGGAGGAUGACUAGGCUCCCUGGCUUUUGCCACUUGUGUACACUGUUUGAAUAGUUAAUGCAGAAACCCAUUCUUUUUACAAUGUUAUUUCAUUGUUGUGAGUGUGUGUGUAGCUGUCUGGGAUGGGUUUCUGUUAGGAAUAAAAUAGGAGAGAAGUAAGGGCCGAACGGUAAGAGGAGAGAAGUAAGGGCUGAACAGGUAAGAGGAGAGAAGUAAGGGCCGAACGGGUAAGAGGAGAGAAGUAAGGGCCGAACGUUAUAUAUGCUAAUACCGAACGGUGGGGAAGAGAGGUCGAACGCUAGCUAACGAAGAGGAGAAGAAAGACUGAGGAAAGCUAGACCGAACGAUAUUAACCGUUAACGGCCGAACGGUUGUUUCAGUUAGGAAGGAAUGCGGGAAUGAGAUAUUAUAAUGUGGCACUAUAAAUAAUCUUCUUUGAUUUCUGUUCAGGGAGGGAAUUCAUUUUGAGUAUAGACUGGGCAUAUUUGCCAGUGGAGGAAGAUAGGCUUCCUUUGGGGAGAUUACACUUGUAAUUUUCUAUACUUUACAGAAUCAAUAAUACAUACAUACAUACAUACUUUCAUUUAUGUUGUUCUAGUGUUUGAGUGAGAAGAGAGCAUAGAUUUAGGUUACUCGCAUAAAGUAACCUAACAAUUGGUCCGACGUGCCGGAUCCAAAUCGGAGGGAGAGCAAGAUGGAAGGGAAGUUACAUGCAUUGGAGAACCGAAGCGAAGGGAGGAUGAGCGCGUUGGAGCUUGCGGGAGAAGAAUUGAAGGCAGACAAUAUGGGCAUUCGCCAAGACUUGAAAGAGCUGACACGAGUGGUAGAGAGGUUGGUGCGAAAUUUAGAACGGAAUUCGGAAGGAAGUUAAGGGUCCAUUAAUGACAAUCGGCGGAGGAGAAGAGAGAGCUUGGAGGAAGACUAGGGAGAUGCACCACCUAAUUGGGUGAAACGGGUAGAAUUACCCACUUUCGAAGGGCUUGAUCUGAUGGGAUGGAUUGCUCGAGCGGAGAAAUUCUUCGAGAUUUAAAGGGUAGCAGAAAAGGAGAAACUCCGAUUGGCCGUUGUCUGCAUGGAAGGUAGCGCCAACUACGCCAACUACUGGUUUAGGUUUUGGAAGGCGAAGGUAACGGAGCCCAAGUGGGAAGGAUUUUGUGAUGCUGUGGUGCGGCGGUUCGGUUGGAGAGAGCAGGGAACUGUGUUAAAAAAAUUAGCAUCGCUGCAACGAGGGUCUGUGGAGGAUUAUGUGCAGGAGUUUGAGAUGCUAGUCGCCUAAACAAGAGGAGUGACGAAGGCACAAUUGAUGGGUUAUUUUGUCGCAGGACUGCAGAAUGACAUUCGUAGCCAGAUCAGACCUCACAAUCCUAAAGACUUACUCACGACAAUAGAGGUGGCGAGGGAUGUAGAGGAAGUCGGCAGGAGCCCAAAAACGAAUAGCGGGACAAUGAACAAAAGUAAUACAGGAUGGAGCAGGUAUCAGGGAGGAUCAGGAACGUUGGCCAAAUCUGAACCGUUCAAGGGGGCACAGAGUAGGACAAACGCUUCAGUGAAUUUAAGUGAGCCGAAGAAGGAAAGCAUUGGAUGCAUGACAGCUUCAAGAACUGGUAACAAUUACCAGGGCGAUACCAGAGAGCGUGGAGUAAGGAAUCUACCUUACCCAGAAUAUAUUAAGAGGAGGGAGAAACGCUGAUGCUUCCACUGCAGCGAUCCAUACAGUCCGGGGCAUCGUUGUCCAGAGAGGAGUAUGAGGGUGACCAUUCUAGCGGAAGACCAUUCUAGCGGAAGACGAGGAGGAAGAAGAAGGGGACAACAAGGAGUUGUCCGUGAUUUCGGCAAGAGGGCUCACUCCAUCGAACAUGAUGAAAUUGCAAGGAUGGGUGCAAGGGAGAAGAGUCCUAGUAUUAAUUGACAGUGGCGCGAGCCACAGUUUUAUUUCAAACCGACUGGUGGAGGAAUUGGGAUUAGAAAUAAGAGGGACACCACACCACCUUACAAGGUGUGAGUCUGGGGGAUGGGCAGAAAAAAUAGCUCAUGGGUGUUGUACGGGGGUUCCACUGGUUAUGGAAGGACUGGAAGUGAAAGAGAAAUUCUACCUCUUUGACUUGGGAGGAGUAGAUGUAAUAUUAGGGGUGGCAUGGCUAGCAAGGCUGGGAGAAAUUAAGGUAAAUUAGGGAGAACUUACGAUGCGAUUUGAGUCAGAAGAAAAAGAAGUAGAAAUUCAGGGGAUCCAACAUUGACACGUGGUUACUCCUGAGGCAAUGUUGAAAGAGAGGGAGAUAGAAACCAUGACUUUAGUUUGGAGCUUAAGCCAAGCAGAAGUGACUGAGGGAGACUGGGAAGCAGAGAGAUUGGCACCAGUACAGGAAGCAGGGUUGCAACAGAUUCUGGCAGAUUUCGAGGGGGUGUUUCGAGAACCCCAGGGGCUGCCGCUUGAGAGGAAAAUAGACCAUCGAAUCACAUUGAAGGAAGAUAGACUUCAAAUUCAAAUUAACUCAAUGCAGUUUGUGCGUGCAAUGGAGGUGCUGUACACAAAACUCCAUGACAAGUACACCGAAGUCAAGACUAAGAAACUAUCUGAUUUGGAACACAUUAACGAAGAACAACAACUUAAAUUCAUCAACUGCUUGUCCGCUGCAGAAGAGGUAAUAGAGCACUUGAAGAUCGAGAAGGAAGAGCUUCUUGGACAAGUCAAUGAUUUGAGAGUUGAGCUCUCUUCGCUAAAGGCUACCAAAGACAACCAGUUAGCGGACUAUCAUAUAAUUUUGAGGAAGGAAAGCCACAAAAAUGAAACUCUCUUUGAAGAAGUGGAGAAAUUACAAGAGCUUUGCCAAAAAGGAGCAUAUCAUGAUUUGAAUAAUAGUAGAAGGAUCAUAGCUGUAGAUGACCAAUUUAAGGCUAAGUCUAACAGAUCAUAUGUAAGAACGACUACAAAACGUAUAAGACAAAAUGCUUUGAAGGACGAAGCAAGGUUUAUAUCUUUUGAAAAUGAUCAAGUUAAUUCUGUUGAGAGAGAGUCUAUGCACACUGCCUGCAAGGAGACAACAUUUGGUACACUGUUGGAGUGCGGUAGCAAGGCUGAUGUUCUAUUAGGCCUCGAUUUACAAGAAACUGGCCAUGGUGACUGGCUUAUUCCAGUUCUUUUUGAAUAUGCACUGGGAAUGAAAUUUUUCACUUACUAUUGUUGAAAUAUAUUGUAUUGUAUAAUUGGACUUUUAGUUUUGGGCUUUUAGGUGCUGGUCCAUUGUUCCUUAUAUAGGACUUUUCUGUGUAAUAGAAACUUUAACACACAGUAAUAAUAUUUUUACCAUCUCUCAAACUUUCACAUGGUAUCCAGAGCUGGUUAGGGUUCGCCACUGCUCACUGCCCGCGCCGUCGUUCACCGUCGCUUCCGCCGCCGUCGCCGCCGUCGUCGCUGCCUUUUCUCCGGCGAAGUUAAGGGUUCGGUGCGCCUCGACGAGCGCGACCCAUCCCUGGUGGUCGCCGCCUCAUCCUUCUCUCGACGCGCUGUCACGCGUCGUUUCUCUCUGACCUCUCUCGGGCGCGUGGGCUUCACGGGCCGCCUCUACCGUGUCGGAUCUUCACCGCGCCACUGCCGGUCGUUUCGCCUUCAUCUCCUGAGUGUAUUGUGGUCUCUGAUUUGCUGUUCCGUUGAGGGUUGCUCCAUUUAGGGUUUCUUCCCACACCUUUUUCCCCUCUUUUCUUGUUUGGCUUUAUAAUGGCUGGUCUUGGAACACCGUCUCUCUCUGCUACUCCAACCAUUACUUCUGCAAAACUCAAUUGGAAAAGCUAUCUAUCUUGGUCUUCUUCCGUGGAGUUAUGGUUUCUUGGUCAAGGACACCAUGAUCAUCUUGAACAAGAUGUUUCCACCGUUCUUGAAGAAGAGAAAUCUCAAUGGCAGAAACUUGAUUUUCAACUAUGUGCUGUCCUAUGGCAAUCUGUUGAACCAGAAGUCUUAGAAAUUUUAAGACCUUACAAAUCGUGCUCUUCCUUUUGGAGAAAAGCUCAGGAUAUCUUUGCUAACGAUGUGCAACGUCUCAUUGAUGCAACUCAAAGAGUGACUUCCCUCAAACAAAACAAUCAUGAUAUGGUCACUUACAUAGGAACGGCCCGUGCUGCUGUAGAAGAAUUGAAGAAUUUCUUUGUGGCUGAUUCUUUAGAAGGCCUAAACAAGAAGCUUGAUAAGUUUUAUAUGGUCUUAAUUUUAAGAGGUCUUCAUUCAGAUUUUGAUCAUGUUCGUGAUCAAAUGUUAGCUGGUGAUCAAGUUCCAUCAAUGGACAGCUUAGUUACUCGACUUCUUCGGGUACCUUCAUUAGUUAAAGACGAAAGUUCAAUUGGUGGUAUUGAAACAUCAGCUAUGGUAGCACCACAAGGAAGAGGAAGAGGCAAAGGCAACCGAGGAGGACGUGGUGGCCGUGGUAUGCGUCCUCAGUGCACAUAUUGUAAGAGGAUAGGCCAUACUCGAGAGAAAUGUUAUGCCUUACAUGGAUAUCCUGACAAAGUCGCUCAUGUUUCGAAAUCUGAUGAUCUCGAACACAAAAUUUCAAAUGAAGAAUACUAAGAAUUUUUGAAGUAUAAGUCUGGAAAAUCUGCUAAUCCUGACCAAUCCUCUUUCAUGUCCAAUGUGUCAACUGCCUGUAUAUCUCAAUCUGUGGAAGGUCACAAUCCAUGGAUCCUUGACUCAGGUGCCUCAGACCAUAUCUCUGGUACUAUUUCUUCAUUUUCUUCCAUGUCCUCUUAGAAAAUUCCUCAUUUAAUUACUGUUGCCAAUGGAUCCAAAGUUGCAUCUCAGGGAAUUGGCAGAGUUUCCUUAUCUCCUUCACUAAAUUUAAAUUCUGUGUUGUAUAUUCCUCAUUGUCCUUACAAUUUAAUCUCCUUGAGCCAAUUGACUCGUUCCUUAAAUUGUUCUGUAACCUUUACUGCUAAUUCCUUUGUUAUACAGGAACAUGGUAUGGGUCGCCUGAUUGGAGAAGGACAUGAGUCUCGAGGACUUUAUUUUUUGAAACAUAGCUCUUCAGUUUCCUGUUUUACCACUUCAUCUCCAAAACUUUUGCAUGAUCGGUUGGGCCAUCCAAGUUUAUCCAAGUUGAAGAUGAUGGUUCCAAGUCUCAAGAACAUUCAAGUCUUAGAUUGUGAGUCAUGUCAAUUAGGAAAACAUGUUAGAUCUUCACAUCCUAAAAAGUCUGAAACACUAUGUAAUUCUCCUUUCUCAACUAUUCACUUUGAUAUUUGGGGACCAAGUCGUGUUACUUCUUUUGGUUUUAAUUAUUUUGUAACCUUCAUUGAUGAAUUCUCUCGAUGUACUUGGGUUUAUUUAAUGAAAGAGAGAUCUGAACUUUUGUCCA